GGUUCCCUGUGAUCAUUGAUGGUACCAGUGGGUGUGGGCCGAGGGUUUUUGGGGUCCCUGGCUCCCACUUCUCAAUUUGACUCUCAGCAGGGUGCUCAGCUCUUUCUUGAGGAGAUUCUCAGAGCUGCAGCAUGGGAUUCCAAGAUGGCCGCCGGCUGGAGCCCAGGGGGAACAGCUGACUGAUAUGAAGAUAAAUGAUAUAGACAGAAAAGAAGAAACGUAUGUGACUGAUAAGAAGCCAGAAGAUAUAGAGGGAGAAGAAGAGACGUAUGUGACUGAUAUGAAGGCAGAAGAUACAGAGGGAGAAGAAGAGACGUAUGUGACUGAUAUGAAGGCAGAAGAUAUAGAGGGAGAAGAAGAGACGUAUGUGACUGAUAAUAAGGCAGAAGAUACAGAGGGAGAAGAAGAGACGUAUGUGACUGAUAAGAAGCCAGAAGAUAUAGAGGAAGAAGAAGAGACGUAUGUGACUGAUAUGAAGGCAGAAGAUAUAGAGGGAGAAGAGACGUAUGUGACUGAUAUGAAGGCAGAAGAUAUAGAGGGAGAAGAAGAGACGUAUGUGACUGAUAUGAAGGCAGAAGAUAUAGAGGGAGAAGAAGAGACAUAUGUGACUGAUAUGAAGGCAGAAGAUAUAGAGGGAGAAGAAGACACGUAUGUGACUGAUAUGAAGGCAGAAGAUAUAGAGGGAGAAGAAGAGACGUAUGUGACUGAUAUGAAGGCAGAAGAUAUAGAGGGAGAAGAAGAGACGUAUGUGACUGAUAUGAAGGCAAAAGAUACAGAGGGAGAAGAGACGUAUGUGACUGAUAUGAAGGCAGAAGAUAUAGAGGGAGAAGAAGAGACGUAUGUGACUGAUAUGAAGGCAGAAGGUAUAGAGGGAGAAGAAGAGACGUAUGUGACUGAUAUGAAGGCAGAAGAUAUAGACAGAGAAGAAGAGACGUAUGUGACUGAUAUGAAGGCAGAAGAUACAGAGGGAGAAGAAGAGAUGUAUGUGACUGAUAUUAAGGCAGAAGAUAAAGAGGGAGAAGAAGAGCCGUAUGUGACUGAUAUUAAGGCAGAAGAUACAGAGGGAGAAGAAGAGACGUAUGUGAGGGGUGAUCAGCAGUGUAAGGAGGAGGAAAUCCCUACAGAUAUCGGCACAGUAGAUGGAGGCACAAGCAGGAAUUCCUUGGAGGGAGAUCUCUUCUUGUCUGCAGAUACUAAAACAGAAGAUAACAUCACACCAGAUUCUCCAGGAGACAGCGCUGUUAUGCUAAAUAUACAUCCAGUACCUCACAGCGCAUAUAUAUCAUCCAAUCCCUCUAAUCACGAGGACUGUUCUCCUGAUACCUCAGCUUUUGUAACACAUAGUGCAGCUCAUACACCUGAUAAUAUAUUCCCCUGUUCUGAGUGUGGGAAAUGUUUUACACUUAAAUCACAUCUUGUUACACAUCAGAGAAGUCACACAGGUGAGAAGCCAUUUCCAUGUUCUGAGUGUGGGAAAUGUUUUAGAUGGAAAUCACAAAUUGUUACACAUCAGAGAAGUCACACAGGUGAGAAGCCAUUUCCAUGCUCUGAGUGUGGGAAAUGUUUUACACUUAAAUCAUAUCUUGUUAAACAUCAGAGAAGUCACACAGGUGAGAAGCCAUUUCCAUGCUCUGAGUGUGAGAAAUGUUUCACACACAAAUCAGUUCUUGUUGCACAUCAGAGAAGUCACACAGGUGAGAAGCCAUUUCCAUGCUCUGAGUGUGGGAAAUGUUUUACACAGAAAUCAAAUCUUGUUACACAUCAGAGAAGUCACACAGGUGAAAAGCCAUUUACAUGCUCUGAGUGUGGGAAAUGUUUUACACAGAAAUUAAAGCUGGUUAGCCAUCAGAGCAGUCACACAGGUGAGAAGCCAUUUCCAUGCUCUGAGUGUGGGAAAUGUUUUACACUUAAAUCAAAUCUUGUUAACCAUCAGAGAAGUCACACAGGUGAGAAGCCAUUUCCAUGCUCUGACUGUGGGAAAUGUUUUAGAUGGAAAUCACAAAUUGUUACACAUCAGAGAAGUCACACAGGUGAGAAGCCAUUUCCAUGCUCUGAGUGUGGGAAAUGUUUUACACUUAAAUCAUAUCUUGUUAAACAUCAGAGAAGUCACACAGGUGAGAAGCCAUUUCCAUGCUCUGACUGUGGGAAAUGUUUUACACAGAAAUCACAUCUUGUUGCACAUCAGAGAAUUCAUACAGCUCCACGUUCAUUUCCAUGUUCUGAGUGUGGGAAAUGUUUUACACGUAAAUUACAUCUUGUUACACAUCAGAGAAGUCACACAGGUGAGAAGCCAUUUCCAUGUUCUGAUUGUGGGAAAUGUUUUGCGUACAAAUCAGCUCUUGUUAUUCAUCAGAGAAGUCACGCAGAUGAGAAGCCAUUUUCUUGCUCUGAGUGUGGGAUUUAUUUUACCCAGAAAUCACAACUUGUUACACAUCAGAGAAGUCACACAGGUGAGAAUCCAUUUCCAUGUUCUGAGUGUGGGAAAUGUUUUGCAUACAAAUCAGAUCUUGUUAAACAUCAGAGAAUUCACACAGGUGAGAAGCCAUUUUCUUGCUCUGAGUGCGGGAAAUGUUUUACCUGGAAAUCACAACUUGUUACACAUCAGAGAAGUCACACAGGUGAGUAUCCAUUUCCAUGUUCUGAGUGUGGGAAAUGUUUUGCAUACAAAUCACAGCUUGUUAAACAUCAGAGAAGUCACACAGGUGAGAAUCCGUUUCCAUGUUCUGAGUGUGGGAAAUGUUUUGCGCACAAAUCAAAUCUUAUUAAACAUCAGAGAAGUCACACAGGUGAAAAUCCAUUUCCAUGUUCUGAGUGUGGGAAAUGUUUUGCACUCAAAUCAAAUCUUGUUACACAUCAGAGAAGUCACACAGGUGAGAAGCCAUUUUCUUGCUCUGAGUGUGGGAAAUGUUUUACACGUAAAUUACAUCUUGUUACACAUCAGAGAAGUCACACAGGUGAGAAGCCAUUUCCUUGCUCUGAGUGUGGGAAAUGUUUUUCAUGUAAAUUACAUCUUGUUACACAUCAGAGAAUUCACACAGGCGAGAGGCCAUUUUCCUGCUCUGAGUGUGGGAAAUGUUUUUCACGGAAAUCACAAGUUGUUACACAUCAGCGAAGUCACACAGGUGAGAAGCCAUUUCCUUGCACUGAGUGUGGGAAAUGUUUUUCACGUAAAUUACAUCUUGUUACACAUCAGAGAAUUCAUUCAGGUGAGAAGCCAUUUUCCUGCUCUGAGUGUGGGAAAUGUUUUUCACAGAAAUCACAACUUGUUAAACAUCAGCGAAGUCACACAGGUGAGAAUCCAUUUCCAUGUUCUGAGUGUGGGAAAUGUUUUGCAUACAAAUCAGAUCUUGUUAAACAUCAGAGAAUUCACACAGGUGAGAAGCCAUUUUCUUGCUCUGAGUGCAGGAAAUGUUUUACCUGGAAAUCACAACUUGUUACACAUCAGAGAAGUCACACAGGUGAGUAUCCAUUUCCAUGUUCUGAGUGUGGGAAAUGUUUUGCAUACAAAUCACAGCUUGUUAAACAUCAGAGAAGUCACACAGGUGAGAAGCCAUUUCCAUGUUCUGAGUGUGGGAAAUGUUUUGCGCACAAAUCAAAUCUUAUUAAACAUCAGAGAAGUCACACAGGUGAAAAUCCAUUUCCAUGUUCUGAGUGUGGGAAAUGUUUUGCACUCAAAUCAAAUCUUGUUACACAUCAGAGAAGUCACACAGGUGAGAAGCCAUUUUCUUGCUCUGAGUGUGGGAAAUGUUUUUCACGGAAAUCACAAGUUGUUACACAUCAGCGAAGUCACACAGGUGAGAAGCCAUUUCCUUGCACUGAGUGUGGGAAAUGUUUUUCACGUAAAGUACAUCUUGUUACACAUCAGAGAAUUCAUUCAGGUGAGAAGCCAUUUUCCUGCUCUGAGUGUGGGAAAUGUUUUUCACAGAAAUCACAACUUGUUAAACAUCAGCGAAGUCACACAGGUGAGGUUAUUUCCAUGUUCUGGAGAAAGAGGAAUCGGGCACAAGAACAGAUUAUCAGAUACAGUAGAGCCAGGAACAGCGCUGCAGACCUAAAUUGGGUAAAGAAGAGGAUCACAAAUUUCCGAACAGUGUUUUGGUGGGAGCACAAGAAGUACAUGGAAUCGCAACGUUCAGGAGCCGGGACGGAUGAGGUUUACAAGCCAACGAUGUGGUAUUAUGGCCUCAUGAAAUUCACUUUGGAGCAAGAGCCAAGGAUAAGGUCAUGGUGUCAUCUGGAUCUGGAUUCUCCCACUCUUGUGGAAAAGGAGGCAUCGGAGAGUCUGGGUCUGGAUAUUACGCCGAAGCUGGAACUGGAGCCUUCCGUGAGCGAGGCAACUGAAGUGGACGACCCAGUUCCACAGCCACGACCCACGAAACAGCGGAGGUCACCCAGAAACCCACUUCUGCCCCACCCUCUUCUAUCAUUCCCACAAGGCAGCAGGAGCAGAGAGCAGCCAUUGCUGUGUCUGGCAGCAGGAUUAUACUGUAGUGAAGAAGACAUCCAGCAGCCAUCCUCGUGUUCAGGUGGACUAAGCAGGACCCAUCGCCCCAUCGCGGUGCCUCCACCUCACUCAUUGAUACAUGGGAGGCACAAUGACCAGAAGAUCCUGGAACUCACCAACAAGAUCAUUCAGCUGCUGACUGGAGAGGAGGGGGAGUAUAUAGAGGAACACAGGGGUCUGUACACGGACGUGAUGAUGGAGAAUCACCGGCCCCUUACAUCACUGGAUGGGCCCAGUAACAGAGAUACCCCAGAGAGAUGUCCCCGUCCUCUGUAUUCCCAGGAUUGUACAGAGGAGAAUCACAGGAUCCCACAGGAGGAUCAGGUAGAACGUCUGUCUCAUAUUAAAACAGAAGAUAUAGAGGGAGAAGAAGAGACGUAUGUGACUGAUAUGAAGGCAGAAGAUAUAGAGAGAGAAGAAGAGACGUAUGUGACUGAUAUUAAAACAGAAGAUAUAGAGGGAGAAGAAGAGACGUAUGUGACUGAUAUGAAGGCAGAAGAUAUAGAUGGAGAAGAAGAGACGUAUGUGACUGAUAUGAAGGCAGAAGAUAUAGAGGGAGAAGAGGAGACGUAUGUGACUGAUAUGAAGGCAGAAGAUAUAGAGGGAGAAGAAGAGACGUAUGUGACUGAUAUAAAGUCAGAAGAUAUAGAGGGAGAAGAAGAGACGUAUGUGACUGAUAUAAAGGCAGAAGAUAUAGAGGGAGAAGAAGAGACGUAUGUGACUGAUAUGAAGGCAGAAGAUAUAGAGGGAGAAGAGGAGACGUAUGUGACUGAUAUGAAGGCAGAAGAUAUAGAGGGAGGAGAAGAGACGUAUGUGACUGAUAUGAAGGCAGAAGAUACAGAGGGAGAAGAAGAGACGUAUGUGACUGAUAUGAAGGUAGAAGAUAUAGAGGGAGAAGAAGAGACGUAUGUGACUGAUAUGAAGGUAGAAGAUACAGAGGGAGAAGAAGAGACGUAUGUGACUGAUAUGAAGGUAGAAGAUAUAGAGGGAGAAGAAGAGACGUAUGUGACUGAUAUGAAGGCAGAAGAUAUAGAGGGAGAAGAAGAGACGUAUGUGAGGGGUGAUCAGCAGUGUAAGGAGGAGGAAAUCCCUACAGAUAUCAGCACAGCAGAUGGACACACAAGCAGGAAUAUCUCAGAAGGACAUCUAAUGUUAUCCCCGGAUUGUGACAUAAGAGAUAAUGACAGUAUACAGGAUUCUCCAGGAGCUAACCCCAUUACCCCAAUUAUACAUCCAGCUCUAUCAGCUGAUCCCUCUGAUCCUGGUGAAUGUUCUCCUGAUCACUCUGAUAUUGGAGCAUCUGUUACAGCUCUGACAGUAGAUACAGUGUUUCCCUGUUCUAUAGAUGCCAAAUGUUUUACACACAGCACAAAUCUUAUUACCCAUCAACCAGCUAAGGCAGAUGAGAGGCCAUUUCCAUGUUCUGAGUGUGGGAAAUGUUUUACAUACAAAUCAGCUCUUGUUAUACAUCAGAGAAGUCACACAGGUGAGAAGCCAUUUUCUUGCUCUGAGUGUGGGAAAUGUUUUUUACAGAACUCACACCUUGUUAGACAUCAGAGAAGUCACACAGGUGAGAAGCCAUUUUCUUGCUCUGAGUGCGGAAAAUGUUUUACCGUGAAAUCAAAACUUGUUACACAUCAGAGAAGUCACACAGGUGAGAAGCCAUUUCCAUGUUCUGAGUGUGGGAAAUGUUUUGCAUACAAAUCAGAUCUUGAUAAACAUCAGAGAAUUCACACAGGUGAGAAGCCAUUUUCUUGCUCUGAGUGCGGGAAAAGUUUUACCUGGAAAUCAAAUCUUGUUACACAUCAGAGAAGUCACACAGGUGAGAAUCCAUUUCCAUGUUCGGAGUGUGGGAAAUGUUUUUCACACAAAUCGGAUCUUGUUAAACAUCAGAGAAUUCACACAGGUGAGAAGCCAUUUUCUUGCUGUGAGUGUGGGAAAUGCUUUACCCAGAAAUCAGCUCUUGAUAGACAUCAGAGAAGUCACACAGGUGAUAAGCCAUUUUCCUGUUCUGAAUGUAGGAAAUGUUUUAUUAAUAAAUUAUAUCUUGUUAGACAUCAGAGAAUUCACACAGGUGAGAAACCAUUUUCUUGCUCUGAGUGUGGGAAAUGUUUUUCACAGAAAUCACAACUUGUUACACAUCAGCGAAGUCACACAGGUGAGAAGCCAUUUCCAUGGUUUCUGCCAGAGUCCAACGGGCAUGAAAGGGAAGGUCUGGCUUUCCCUUGUGGGCAAAAGGCACGAAAAGUGGAUGUCCGAGCUCUUGGCGUACGAGCCAAGGACAGAAAAGCCGUCUUGGCAGCCGUUAGUGUAGCCACUAUUUUAUCCAAUUCCGCUCCAAAUAAGAUAUCCCCCAUGAAGGGUAAGAAUCCCAAUGCCUUCUUAGAAUCCAUGUCCGCUUUCCAUGAGUGGAGCGAGAGGAUGCGUCUAGCAAGGACUGAGGUAGCCGACGCUUUGGAGGCCAUUCUCCUAUCCAGAGUUUUCUUUAAGGAAGACGUUGAAGGAAUAGGCAAGGAAUUUGACCGUCAGAUUGAGAUGACGGAGAACCUCUGGGGAGUUUGUCAGGAUCAGCAAGUCAUCCAGAUAUGGCAGGAUCCUGAUACCUUGAUGACGGAGGACGGCCGGCGUGACUGCCAUAACCUUGGUGAAGAUCCUUGGAGCCAUGGUCAGUCCGAAAGACAAUCCAGCUGUGAGGAGCGAGAGGUGUUAUUACAAGGAGCAUUCAGAAUGGAAAAGGACAAGAAUCACAAGACUGAGAGGAUAAUAAAUCUCACUCUGGAAAUCAUCUACCUGCUUACUGGAGAGGGGGAACAGCUGACUGAUAGGAAGAUAAAUGAUAUAGACAGAGAAGAAGAGACGUAUGUGACUGAUAUGAAGGCAGAAGAUACAGAGGGAGAAGAAGAGACGUAUGAUAUGAAGGCAGAAGAUAUAGAGGGAGAAGAAGAGACGUAUGUGACUGAUAUGAAGGCAGAAGAUAUAGAGGGAGAAGAAGAGACGUAUGUGACUGAUAUGAAGGCAGAAGAUACAGAGGGAGAAGAAGAGACGUAUGUGACUGAUAUGAAGGCAGAAGAUAUAGAGGGAGAAGAAGAGACGUAUGUGACUGAUAGGAAGGUAAAUUAUAUAGACAGAGAAGAAGAGACGUAUGUGACUGAUAUGAAGGCAGAAGAUAUAGAGGGAGAAGAAGAGAUGUAUGUGACUGAUAUGAAGGCAGAAGAUAUAGAGGGAGAAGAAGAGACGUAUGUGACUGAUAUGAAGGCAGAAGAUAUAGAGGGAGAAGAAGAGACAUAUGUGACUGAUAUGAAGGCAGAAGAUAUAGAGGGAGAAGAAGAGACGUAUGUGACUGAUAUGAAGGCAGAAGAUAUAGAGGGAGAAGAAGAGACGUAUGUGACUGAUAUGAAGGCAGAAGAUAUAGAGAGAGAAGAAGAGACGUAUGUGACUGAUAUGAAGGCAGAAGAUACAGAGGGAGAAGAAGAGACGUAUGUGACUGAUAUGAAGGCAGAAGAUAUAGAGGGAGAAGAAGAGACGUAUGUGACUGAUAUAAAGGCAGAAGAUAUAGAGGGAGAGGAAGAGACGUAUGUUACUGAUAUGAAGGCAGAAGAUAUAGAGGGAGAAGAAGAGACGUAUGUGACUGAUAUGAAGGCAGAAGAUAUAGAGGGAGAAGAAGAGACGUAUGUGACUGAUAUGAAGGCAGAAGAUACAGAGGCAGAAGAAGAGACGUAUGUGACUGAUAUGAAGGCAGAAAAUAUAGAGGGAGAAGAAGAGACGUAUGUGACGGGUGAUCAGCAGUGUAAGGAGGAGGAAAUCCCUACAGAUAUCAGCUCAGUAGAUGGAGGCACAAGCCGGAAUGCCUUGGAGGGAGAUCUCAUCUUGUCUGCAGAUACUAAAACAGAAGAUAACAUCACACAGGAUUCUCCAGGAGACAGCGCUGUUAUGCUAAAUAUACAUCCAGUACCUCACAGCGCAGAUAUAUCAUCCAAUCCCUCUAAUCGUGAGGGCUGUUCGCCUGAUAACUCAGCUAUUGUUACACAUAGUGCAGCUCAUACACCUGAUAAUAUAUUUCCCUGUUCAGAGUGUGGGAAAUGUUUUACACACAAAUUACAUCUUGUUAUACAUCAGAGAAUUCACACAGGUGAGAAACCAUUUCCAUGCUCUGAGUGUGGAAAAUGUUUUACACAGAAAUCAUAUCUUGUUAUACAUCAGAGAAUUCACACAGGUGAGAAACCAUUUCCAUGCUCUGAGUGUGGAAAAUGUUUUACACAGAAAUCAGAUCUUGUUAGACAUAACAGAAGUCACACAGGUGAGAAGCCAUUUCCAUGCUCUGAGUGUGGAAAAUGUUUUACAUACAAAUCACAACUUGUUAUACAUCAGAGAAGUCACACAGGUGAGAGGCCAUUUCCAUGCUCUGAGUGUGGGAAAUAUUUUACACACAAAUCAAAACUUGUUAUACAUCAGAGAAGUCACACAGGUGAAAAGCCAUUUCCAUGCUCUGAGUGUGGGAAAUGUUUUACACGGAAAUCACAUCUUGUUAAACAUCAGAGUAGUCACACAGGUGAGAGGCCAUUUCCAUGUUCUGAGUGUGGGAAAUAUUUUACACUGAAAUCAGAUCUUGUUAGACAUCAGAGAAGUCACACAGGCGAGAAACCAUUUUCAUGCUCUGAGUGUGGGAAAUGUUUUACACAGAAAUCAUUUCUUAUUAGACAUAACAGAAGUCACACAGGUGAGAAGCCAUUUCCAUGCUCUGAGUGUGGGAAAUCUUUUACACAGAAAUCAUUUCUUAUUAUACAUCAGCGAAAUCACACAGGUGAGAAACCAUUUCCAUGCUCUGAGUGUGGGAAAUGUUUUACACAGACUUCACAUCUUGUUACACAUCAGAGAAGUCACACAGGGGAGAAACCAUUUCGAUGCUCUGAGUGUGGGAAAUGUUUUCCACAUAAAGCACGCCUUGUUAUGCAUCAGAUUUCACACAGGAGAAACAUUACUAUGAGUUGAUACAGGGUUGAGGCAACACUCCUGUCACACAGUAUUUUAACACUUUGUUAUCCUUCCGCAGGUAAUUGGAAUGUGUGUCAUUAAUAUAAGAUGACUAGAUCACUCCGGUGAAACUUUUAGUAAUUUCUUCUAUAUAUUUUUCUAUGUAUUAUUUCCUAUAGAUUCUAUUUAGUGUAGAUUGCAGUCAAAUACUUAAAAGAUAAAACGCAUUAUCAUCUUGUAAAACAUUUUAUUCUGGAAACUUACGGGUAGAAUCCAGUAAUUGCUGUUCUGGAAUGGUGGUGAAGUACGAAUCACAAAUUAUUUCCUGGA